AUGGAAAUUGAUUUACAGUCAUGUAGUCGUUUAUUACAAACAAUAACUUCAAAAAUCCACAUCAAAUAUGGAAAACAAUUACAUCUGCUGUUUCUCAAAAGAGGCAUUUUUCCAUCCUUCCUAACGUUUUCAAAUCGUCUCAUACUAAUGUACACUAAAUGUGACUCUUUACACAAUGCACGCAAAGUGUUUGAUGAAAUGCCUCAACGAAAUGCCUUUACAUGGAACUCUAUGAUAGAAGGUUAUGUUAAAUCACGAAAUGAACAACAAGCCUUACAUUUGUUUAACGCAAUGCCUGAGAAGAAUAGUUUCUCCUGGAAUGUUAUUAUAUCCGGGUUUGUUAAGUCGGGUAAGUUGGAUACUGCUAGGAAGUUUUUCGAUGAGAUGCCUAUGAAAAAUGGGGUUGCUUGGAAUUCAAUGAUACAUGGGUAUGCGGAAAAUGGGCGAGCUUUGGAUGCGUUAAGGUUGUUUAAGGAUAUAAAGUCGGGUUUCUAUGGACCGUGUGAUGUGGAUGCAUAUGUUUUGGCUACAGUUUUUGGUGCUUGUACUGAUUUGUUAGCUGUUAAAUUUGGAAAGAUCGUUCAUGGUUUGAUAGUCGUUAAUGGCGUCGAGUUUGAUGCAGUUUUGGGAAGUUCAAUUGUUAACAUGUAUGGGAAAUGUGGUGAUUUGGAUAGUGCAAGCUUGUUGCUGCAUAGUUUGCCAUACCCGGAUGAUUUCUCUCUAUCGUCAUUGAUCUCUGCGUAUUCUAAUAGUGGUAGAAUUACGGACGCUAAAAGAGUUUUUGAUAUCAAGAGUAACCCAUGUGUUGCUUUAUGGAAUUCUUUGAUUUCGGGUUACAUUGUUAAUAAUCAGGCCAUGGAAGCACUUCUUUUGUUUCGUGAAAUGAGGAGACGUGGGACUCAGGAAGAGACUUCUACCAUUGCUAGUAUUAUUAGUGCGUGUGAUUGUGUAGGUGUUCUUGAGUAUGGAAUACAGAUGCAUGCACACGCUUAUAAAUUUGGAGUGACCCAUGAUCUUAUAGUUGCAUCUGCUCUUAUCGACACUUAUGCUAAGUGUGGAAGGCAUAACAGUGCUUGUGAGUUAUUUGGUGAACUAAAUACAUACGACACAGUUUUAUUGAAUUCAAUGAUUACAGUUUAUUGUAAUUGUGGAAGAAUUGAAGAAGCCAAACAAGUUUUUGAGAGUAUACCAUCUAAAAGUUUGAUUUCAUGGAAUUCGAUGAUAUCGGGGUUAAGUCAAAAUGGUUACCCAAUUGAAGCACUUGCGUGCUUUCGCGAAUUGAAUACAAUAGGCUUCUAUUUGGACAAGUUUAGCAUUGCCAGUGUGAUCAGCACAUGUGGUAUCAUUUCUUCAUUUGAACUUGGUGAACAAUUAUUUGCAAGGGUUACUGUUAUUGGUCUUGAAUGCGAUAAGAUCGUUUCUACCUCCCUUGUUGACUUUUAUUGUAAAUGCGGGCUAAUUGGUUAUGGCCGAAAACUCUUUGAUCAAAUGAUGAAUCUUGAUCAAGCUUCAUGGAAUUCGAUGUUGAUGGGGUAUGCCACAAAUGGUUACGGCGUUGAAGCAUUGGAUCUAUUUAAUGAUAUGCAGAAAGUAGGUGUCAUGCCUACAGAUAUUACAUUUACUGCGGUCCUGUCUGCGUGUGAUCAUUGUGGUCUAUUUGAAGAGGGUUUGAAAUGGUUUCAUGAAAUGAAACACAAAUAUUUUAUCGUACCACGGAUUGAACAUUACUCUUGCAUGAUAGAUCUUUUUGCACGGGUUGGUCGCCUUGAAGAAGCCAUAAAUUUGCUUACGAAGAUGCCAUUUGAUGCUGAUGCAAGCAUGUGGUCAUCAAUUUUAAGAGGUUGUUUAGCACAUGGAGACACAAUAUUGGGGAAGAACGUUGCGGAGAAAAUCAAAAUGAUCGAUCCAAAGAACCCAGAUCCAUAUGUUCAGUUAUCAAGCAUUUUUGCCAUCUCUGGGGAAUGGGCGAGAUCGGCACAAGUUAGAAACUUAAUGACAGCGGAUAGAAUUAAGAAAGUUCCUGGUACAAGUUGGGUUGACCGUUGAGAAAACGAUGCUUAUUUUGAUUUCAAACUCAUUGAUACGUGGAACUCUAUUGAGAGAGGUGACGAAUUUGACCCAUUACUUCAUAAAUAGGAUGGGUUAUGAC